GAGCGAGAGAGGGAGAGAGAGAGAGAGUGUCUGACGUGUGAAAGGGUGCACAGUGGUAGCCAGUGGUGCGACGUUCAUGGGCUGCCUGCUGAACGACGACUACUUCCCGGCUGAACGAUCAACGAUUUCAGGACAUCGUUGAAGAGCAUGAACGCAACAGCAGCAGCAGCAGCGGCGGCUGCGGCCAUGUGCGAGCACGAGAAGGCCGCGCUGGCCACGGAGAUGUUCAACCAUUUCUGUGCGGCAACGACGAUGCGCCAGAUACUGGGCGUCUACCGGAACAUGUGCGACACGAUCGCGAUCCGACCGGGGCCGCUGAACGAGUUCUACCCGAAGCUGCGGGCGAUCGUCCGCAGCUGGAAGGCGCAGGCGCUGUGGAAAAAGUUCGACGCGCGGGCCGCCCACAAGGUGUACAGCAAGGGGACGGCGGCCGCCGGGACGCGCGUCCUCAUCGUCGGCGCCGGCCCGUGCGGCCUGCGUACUGCAAUUGAAGCCCAACUUCUCGGUGCCAAAGUGGUGAUUGUAGAAAAACGUGAUAGAAUUAGUAGGAAUAACGUACUGCACCUGUGGCCAUUUCUGAUCACCGACCUCAAGGCGCUCGGGGCGAAGAAGUUCUACGGCAAGUUCUGUGCCGGGUCGAUCGACCACAUCUCGAUCCGGCAGCUGCAGUGCAUUCUGCUGAAGGUGGCGCUCCUGCUCGGCGUCGAGGUCCACGAGGGCGUAUCGUUCGUGCGCGAGAUCGAACCGAGCGACGGGUACGGGUGGCGGGCGGCCGUCUCGCCCGAGGACCACGCGGUGUCGCACUACGAGUUCGACGUGCUGGUCGGGGCGGACGGCAAGCGCAACACGCUCGAGGGCUUCCGGCGCAAGGAGUUCCGCGGCAAGCUGGCGAUCGCGAUCACCGCGAACUUCAUCAACAAGAAAACGGAAGCGGAGGCGAUGGUGGAGGAGAUCAGUGGGGUCGCGUUCAUCUUCAACCAGUCGUUCUUCAAGGAGCUGAGCGAGAAGACGGGCAUCGACCUGGAGAACAUCGUCUACUACAAGGACGAGACGCACUACUUCGUGAUGACCGCGAUGAAGCACAGCCUGCUGCGGAAAGGCGUCAUCCUGCAGGACUACGGCGAUCCGGCCGACCUGCUGGCGCCGGCCAACGUCGACAAGGCGAAGCUGUUCGAGUACGCGCGCGAUGCCGCUAACUUCUCGACCAAGUACCGGAUGCCGAACCUGGAGUUCGCGGUCAACCACUACGGCAACCCGGACGUGGCGAUGUUCGACUUCACGUCCAUGUUCGCGGCGGACAACUCGUGCAAGGUGACGGUGCGCAAGAACUACCGGCUGCUAUCCUGUCUCGUCGGUGACAGUCUGCUGGAGCCGUUCUGGCCGACCGGGUCCGGGUGCGCCCGGGGCUUCCUCUCGAGCAUGGAUGCGGCGUUCGCGGUGAAGAUGUUCGCGAACGCGAAGAACAGCCUGCUCGGGACGAUCGCGCAACGCGAGUCGGUGUACCGCCUGCUGGCGCAGACGACACCGGAGAACCUGCUGCGGAACAUGAGCGCCUACACGCUUGACCCGUCGACGCGUUACCGCGAGCUCAACAAGUCGGCCGUCGGGAUCGCGCAGAUCAAGCACCUGCUGGACACGGACGACCCGGCGCUGCUGGAGCAGACGUUCCUCGACACGAACGUGUUCGCCGCCGCCGCCGCCGCCGCUGCUGCCGCUGCCACGGCGGCCGUCCCCGGCAUCGUCGAGGUGCAGCCAAAGAGGAAGCGGCGCACGGUCGACACCGUCCCGCUCGGGACGGUGCUGCUGCGCUGGCUGAAGGCGCAGCUCAAGGACAGCGGGUUCGCGCACGAGCUGACCGAGCCGGCCGAGUGCUUCACCAACGGGAAGGUGCUCUGCACCCUCAUCUACCGCUACCGGCCGGAUCUGGUCAACCUGGAUGAGCUGGCCGACUUCGGGGCCGACGUUUGCAACGAGCACGCGUUCAUGAUCUUCGAAAACCAACUCGGGAUUCCGCGCGUAAUGUCGGGGCAGGAGUCGGUGUCGCUAGCCGGCGUCGACCCGAAGGUGUGGCUGAACUACCUGGAGCAGAUCUGCGAGGUGUUCCGGGGCGAGAUACCGCACGUCAAGCAUCCGAAGCUGGAUCUGGCCGAGUUCCGGCAGAAGCUGCCGGCGGAUACACUCGCCUGGCAGCGGAUGGCGCGCUUUGCUACCGUGCGCGCUCCCACGAGCGUCCCGCUCGGCAGUGGAGCCGUGGCGGCCCUGGCAGCCCCGUCCGGCACUGUGGCGGCGACGGCAGCAUCAUCGCGCAAGCCGAACUACUACCACCCGACCGCCGAGGAGGAGCGCUUCAAGCGGGGCCGCGCGGCAGUCGCCUCGCCGCAAACCGACACGAUCAAGCGGGCGAAGAAGCGUCGCAGCCACGAGAAGUCCGGCGGCGGCGGCGGUGGCAGCAAUAUCGAGGAGCGGACGCGCCGGUUGCAGGACAUCGAGGCGAACCGGGUCGAUCGGCAGACGAAGCGGCGCAUGCAGCGCGCCCAGCAGACGCAGAACUUCUACAAGAGCAUCCACAUGUUGCAGGCGAACACGCUGCUGCGCGAGAGCGGCGACAACUCGGGCGCGUUCGAGGACUACUCCCUGUUUCUGUACCGCCAGUCGGCGCCCGAGUUUAACGAUCGCGUCCGCGAGCUCGAGCUCAAGCUGCGCUACCCCGAUCGAGAGCGGGGUUUGGCGGCGCCGUAUGCGCGCGGCGGCAUCAACGAUGGCGACCAAUUCAGUGAUCGCGUUCGCUCGAUGGAGCAGCGAAUCGGUGGCAAAGCAGGCGGGCUCGUGGCGGAUAAAAAACCGAAGGACCUGCUGCGGGCGAUCGGCAAGAUCGACUGCAACGACUGGAACGUGAAGGAGAUCGAGCGCAAGAUCGAGCAGUCGAAGAAGACGACCGACAUCGGCAAGAGCCGCGAGCGGGUACCGAACUGGAACCGAGAGCAGUUUCUGGCGCGCCAGAACCGGCUCACGCAGCCGAAAGACGACGAGAAGUACCGGGAGAUCGACACCUCGCUGAAGGCGAUCGCAAAGCAGCUGAAGGAGGGCCACAAUCUCGAUCUGGGCGAGCGGGGCAAGAACAAGGUGGCGUCCAUUGCCGGUGCGCUGCAGAGCACGAAGCAGCAGCAGAAGCAGCAACAGCAACAGCAGCAGCACCAGCAACAGCAGCAGUCGAAUCAGGCGCAGAAAACGGCCGCCGCGCUCGUCCUGACGGCGAGCGGCAUCGCGGAGAAGUGUCACUUCUGCAAGCAGCGCGUCUACCUGAUGGGCAAGGUGACGACCGAGGGGCUGACGCUGCACCGGUCGUGCCUGAAGUGUCACCACUGCCACACCAACCUGCGCCUCGGCGCGUACGCGUUCGAUCGCGACGACCCGGAGGGUCGGUUCUACUGUACGCACCACUUCAAGCUACCCUCGAAGCGGGAGGCCAAAGGCUCCGGGACCACCCGGGAGUCGCCCUCGAGGGCCCGCCCGCGGGACUCGGUGGCUGGCGGUGGCGGUCGGCGGGACCUGGUGGUCGGCGCCGUCGCCCCCGCCACGCCGACAACACCGGACGGUGGCGCGUCGAUGGUCGACUAUCUGGUGCGCGUCGACACGCCGGAGCGGAUCGAAUUUGCGAACGCCGAUGACGGCGGCGGCCUGUCGGACGCCGACGCCCACCUGGUGAUCGACGAGAAUGAGUGGACCGACCGCAACUUCGGUACCGAGUCCGACGAGGAGUCGGACGAGGACGAGGACCUGUCGAGCACGGACGACUCGGACACCGGCAGCGACUCGGACUACGAGGAGGCGGCCGGGUCGCCGCUCGGGGCCCAAACCCUGCAGCUCGCCUCGGAGUGGAUCAGCGACAAGCGCUUCUCGAACAUGGUCGACAGCGACGACGACUUCUACGGUUACUCUAGUGAAGACGAUGAUGCCGACUCGCAGACGGAAGGCGAGGAGCUUGCCCGGGCCCGCGAGAUGCGCAUGCAGGAGGUCAAGCUAAUGCCCCCGUUGACGCUGCCGACGGACACCGAAACCGAGGGAGCGUCCGAUUCCUCGAAGUCUUCAUCGGAAGAGGUAAACUCUGCGACGGAGAUAUCGACCGACUCGGAGUUCGACCACGAGCCCAACCAUCGGGUGCCGCCCCGUAUUUUCAUCGACGAUACGUACUCCCGCAAGCCAGCCAAAGUACAGGUGAAGCAAACCGUUAUCGACGAUACCGGCGCACGCUACCGGCGCCAUCUGCCGGCUCUGCAGAGCCGAGGGGAUCAGCAGCGAACCGGCAGCGAGCUGCCAGACCAGUACCACCACCACCAACACCACCACCACCAUCAUCACCAUCAUCACGAUGUGAAGCUGGAGUUCAAACCGCUGGUGGAGGUGGACCCAACGAUCAAGCUGGCGCAGUCGCGAACCGCACCGCUGACGGUGCCACGGCCCGGCGACUACGGGCUCAGCAAGACGGCCAGCACGGAGGGCAUUGCCUCGAAGAAGAGCCUCGAGCUGAAGAAGAAGUACCUGCUCGGCGAGGGCGCGCCCGGUCUGGGGAUCCUCAAGUCCGGCUCGGCCUCGGCGCUCGACUCCAAGUUCAAGUCGUUCCACUCGAACAUCACCGAGUGUCAGAAGUUGCUGAAUGCGCCGACGCCCGCCGAAACCAGCCCGCAGAGCCUGCUAAAGAGUGUGGCGACUGUUGCCCCCACAACCACCACCGUCGCGCAAGAGCACCAACUUCCUCCGUCGACGCCACUGGCCGCCGGCUUCAAGCAGCACCAGCAGCACGAAAAGGAGAACGUUUACGCGGGCAAAACCAGCGCCAACGCCGCAGUGGGCAGUGGGGGGGCACUGGCCGCGAGCAAACGGGCCUCGCUGGUGGAGACAAUCAACGCGACGCUGGUCGAGAAUAAGCUGAACGAGCUGAAGUCAAACGAAGCGUUACCGGCGAUGCUGGUGAAGCAGCAACAGCCGAACGGCGGGGUACAACAACCGCGCCUGGCUGCCAAGGAGACGGUGCAGCCACCGGCCACGCCAACCGCCACCACCAACAACAAUAACAACAACCGCAUCAACAACAACCACAACCACUGUGUUGACAACAGCAACAACAAUAAUAAUAAUAACAACAACGUGGUGGUCACAGAUACGAUCGACCUGGUGGCGCUCGAGCUGAAGUCUGGCGUGGAGCCGGAGGUAGAGGUUGACGGUGGUGGUGCUGGCACACGGGAAGGUGGCCGGCUGCUGGAGAAGGUUCGCGGUGGCGUCGGUGUCGGCAGUGAGCUCAAGUUCAUCGCCGGCAUGAAGCACGCGUACAUUGACUUGACGACCGAUUCGCCGAACUGCGACCGCUCCCUGGUGGAGACGACGCUGGACUUCAGCAUGUCUCCUGCGCACCACGCGGACGAUGCCAGUGAGCAGCAGCAGCGAAAGGUGGUGCCGGUGCCGGUGCCGCCGGAGCUCACCGGCAGUCUGCAGAUAGAUAAGAACGAGAACAAAAUCAAACGGCAUCCGGGUGUUGUAGUGCCUGUUGCCGCCGCUGCUGCUGCUGCUGCUGCUGGUGCGGCGAUGGAUGUACCAGUGAAUCAGGAUGAGCCGGUCUUGGUCCAGGAUUCACCGCAGCAGCAGCAGCAGCAGCACCAACAGAGUGAAGACGGCUGCCAUGAAACGACGCUGCAGGUACCGGAUAUGCAUUGGUCGAAGAAGAUGAUGCCGGAUGGUGACGGGGAAGGAGAAGAGGAAGAGGAGCACGAAGAGCGUGGGGCAAACGAAAGUGAUAGCUUGUCUGGCAGCGGUUCCGCGACCGGUGCGAGCAGCACCAACAGCAACAGCACCAGUAGCAGCAGCAGCAGCAGCAGCAGCAACAGUACUUCGAGCGUGGAAGACAUACCUCACUUCAUUCUCGACUCGACCACCAGCCCGGAAACGCAGCACGAGGAGCGGUUCGUGCCGCGGUUAGAGGUGCGCGACGCGACCGGGGAGCUGAUGCAAAUCGACAGCCUGAUGAUCAUCGACGGGCGGUACAUCGGCGAUCCGGAGGACCUGAAGCUGAUGGAACAGUUACCACCGGACACACAGAUAGCGGCCCAGUUGCUGCAGGAGGAAAUCAACCAGGACAGUAUCAGCACGGUGAUGGAGUGGACGGCAGCGGUCCGGGCCGCCCGUGUGGACAAAGAGCCCGCCAUUCACGAGCGCGGCCACGAAACACCUCCCACAUCACUGGACGGGCGGAAUGGUGGCGGCGGCGAAGACGGUGCCGGGGUGACGGCCGACGAGACGCGAAAUUCUCCCGCGCGGACGUUGCCGCCGGCGGAAGCCACCAUCGUGCCAACGAAACGGCACCUACGGUUCGACACGAAGAACGAGAACAAGAUCGACACGCUCAUGAGCAUGCCGUUCGUGCUGGAGGGUGCCGCAGUGGCCAGUAACCGAGGGCUGCCGGGUGGUGGUGCUGGUGGGGUGCAGAAACCUCAGUACUUGAACCUGUGCGUUCACCAGAAGCCGCAGCCGCAGCAGCCCGACGACAUCGAUGCCGAGCGGACGCCGGUGGCAGCCGAACCAUCGAAACCCCUGCCGGUGGUGGAUGCUAAUGGUGGUGGACCGACGGUAGCGGCGGGGCUGCUGGUGGGCCGGCCACGCUGUGCCGAUUCCGACUCGGAGGAGACCGAGGUGACGACACAGGCCUUGACCGAAACGGAGCUAUCCGACUGGACGGCGGACGAUGCCGUGUCGGAGAACUUUGUCGACGUGGAGUUUACGCUGACAGCCGCCGGCAGGGGCCGAUCGGCGAUCCGGCGGAACCGCGAACGCACGGCGGCGCAACAGUCACGCAAGAAGCGAGAGGCCGACGACACCGGCACCGGCACCGGAUUGGGGGUGCGGCCCGUCCCCCAUCACCACCACCAAACGGCGCUGCUGUCGGCCACCGAGGACGGCAUCAUCCGCAACCUGGCGCUGGACGACAUCGAGUUCAUGGACACCGGGUCGGAGGAGGAGAGCUGCAUCGAGGCGUACUCCACCACCAACCGGACGAUGCUGCGGAACCGUGGGUACGCCGAGUUGCUCGAACCGGCAAGCGUCGAGCCGCGGCGAACGCACCGCUGCCAACCGGUGCCACCGCUGGUGGUGUCCGCGCUGCGUCCGCCGUUCCACUACGACGCCGGGGCCAAGCCCCAGCUGGUGGAGGCCAUCAACAAGCAGAUCGCGUGCCGGGUGGUGGAGUACAUCGAGCAAGGUGCCUACCUGCUGGCGGUUGACGACGCCAAAACGCCGGUAAACGAGGAGCCUCCGGAGCGCACCGGGGGCCUGGUGGGCACUGGUGGUGAUUUGGAGGAGGACAGCCUGCUCAUCAUCACCUCGUCCCAAACCACCGCCGCCGGUACCAGCACGACGACGACGGCCACGGAGGAGAGCGACGCGGUGACUAUCGUGGCCGCCGACAGCGCAGCGCUCCUCCCGGGCGAGCGGGCGGGCAAUAGCGGACGGAGCAGUGUGACGUCGUUCAGCUCGUCGUCACUCGGUGGCGGCACCGCUGCUAACCGGACUGGGAAGGAUCGUCAAGCGCCACCAGCACCUCCAGACCCACCCAGCCUGCCGCUGGACGGUGGCAAGAGAAGAGCGGACCCCGAGCUCCGGAAGGAGCCCCGCAAGGACUCGCUCAAGAGCAUCGAGGACGUUGGCUACGAGGAGUACGUGAAGCGGCUGCAGCACAAAAUUCAGCUGAUCAGCAACGCGCGCGACUCGCUCGAGGAGAAGAAGUCGAGCAAACGGAAGUCCUCGAAAGGGGAUCUCGGGGUGCUGGAUAGCCAGGAGUCGCCUGGGGCCGACGGCAAGGUACCGCCAGCGGAGCCGACGCCGCCCCCAGCCACAGCCACGGCCGGUCCGGUCACGUCCCCAGAGCCACCGAAGAGUGUGGAGAAGAAGAUCGAGGAGCUGGCGAAGGAGCGAGUGAAGCAGAAGGACAUCAUACACGAUCUAGUCAUGGAUAAGCUGCAGACGAAGAAGCAGCUGAACGCGGAGAAGCGCCUCAAUCGCAGCCGCAACCGCACCAACGUCCUCUGUCAGGUGGCUGCGAACGGUGCUAGUGCCGGUGGCGGGUCCCUCGAGGCUAUAGUAUCGCCGCCGGCCGCAGAACCGAGGGGCCGUGCAUUCGUCGGUGCCCUCACUGGCCCGUGUGCGACACCGUCUCGAGCACCACCACCACCACGCACCAAGCAUCACCCGGAGCCGGACGUGGUGAACGGCACGCCAGCGCCACCAUCCCGGACGCCGGUCACCGUUCGGCCGACGCCGGCGCAGCAGCAACCACCCCGCUUGCAGCACGCGACCGAAACGCCCGUCGGCCAGCUGACAGAACACCUGCGUGAGGAAGCGCGCUCGAAGGCCCGCCAGAUGUCCAACCAGGAUCUGGGGCUCUCACCCGAGGAUCGGCUGCUGCUGCUGCGCAAGAAGUACCGCAUCCACAUGCGCGAGCUCACCGACGACUCCGAUGAUGCCAAGUGCACCGAGCAACUGCUGCGCACCAAGCUCACCAACUCGAAGAGCUUCAACGACGUGUCGAGCUGCAAGCAGUUGGCGGGCGGUGGUGGCGAUUCUGUUGAGCGGCGGCGGCUCUCGCCGCCGGUACCAACGACGACGGCAGCGGCCGGUGGGGUUGGCGAGCCAAGCAAGCUGAUCGACUACAUCUCCGACCCGAACCUAGCGGCGCGUAGCGGCGUUGGGGCAACCACCGACCCGAGCGGCGGUGGCGGCGGGGGCGACGGGCCUCGGUUGCGCACCCGCAGCAAGUGCAAGGAUCGCGAGCGGCGCAAGAGCAUCAUCGAGAAGGUGUCGGAGUUCUUUAACGCGCGCAAGAAGGACUCCACCACCAGCAAGGAGGCGUCCCCGACGAAGGGUCGCGAACUGACGGCCGCGGUAGAUACGGCGACAUCCAGCUCUGGCGGCGGCGGCGGAGGAUUUUUGCGUUUCAAAAUAUCGCCCAAGCUGAAGGACAAAUCGAAGUCUUGCUUUGAUGUGCGGAGCAUUAGUUGUGGUUCGAAAGAAGCUUCCCCCUAUGGACGGAGUGCAUCCGAGGACUGCUUGAACGCUAACGGUGCUAACUUAACUACCAGCACGCCCGUACCAGCCGCAGCCGCAGCGGCGACAACAGUCUGCCUUUCGAAUGGCACAUCACACAACAGCUUCACACCGAUCGGUCGCAAAGAAGCAGAAGAGCUGGAGCCUCCGCCGAUACCUCCGCCACCGUUAAAUUAUCAGCGCUCUGACGACGAAGGAGGUGUCUCGAACGAACCAAGGAACGAAAUCAAGAAGCAACGUGCAAUGUCCAAAGCGUCGCGACAGGCAGAAUUGAAAAGACUGAGAAUUGCUCAAGAGAUACAACGAGAACAGGAGGAGAUCGAGGUGAAGAUCGAAGAUCUGGAAGCGCACGGUGUGGCGAUCGAGAAGGACCUUCGGGGCGAAGGUGAAGUGGCCGGCAAGCCGAACUUCGGCAACCUCGGUAUGCCUAACGACGAGGACCUGUUGAAGGAGUGGCUGGAGAUCAUGCGCAACAUCACAGACCUCAAAGUGCGCCUAGAUGAGCUGAGCAUACGGCAGCAGGAGCUACAACUCGAGCAUCGGCACGCGCAGCUGAAGGAGGAACUGAACAUGCGACUGUCGUUUGGCAAGCUGGACAAAAACUCAUCGGACGUGGCGGCGGAGGGUGCGAUCCUUAACGAGAUGCUCGAGAUUGUUGCCAAGCGCCAGGCGCUGCGACCGUCGCUCGACGCAACGGUGGCUGCUGUUUCCGGCCCCACCGCCGUUGGCCGCGCGGCGCACGGUACCGAUGUAAGCACUGCAUGUGUGUUUUCUACCUUCCAUCCUCACCCAAUCCCCAUUUCGGCCCUUCUGCCGAUCUGGAGUCUGUUUGCACUGAUGACCGUUACAAUCUAA